GCGCGCAGCGGCACAUCGACAGAACACAUAAAAGUCUCGCUCCCAUCCAUGGCCCCGAACUAAACGCCCAGUCUGAACUACACGCCGCGGCACGCGCGGCAGCGCAGCGCAUCCCCGUCUUCUCCUUGUCGUCUAAGCCAGCGAGGGGCGGACGCCGUCGCCGUCGCCGCCGCGCUCUCCUCCUCCGCCUCCUCUGCUGCUGCUGCUCUUCCUCGAGCUGUCCUCCGCACUGCAAGGAGAUAGAGGGGAGGGGCGGGGCAUCUUCUGACAUCAGUAAUGGCGGACCGGGAUAGCGACAGUGAUGACAAUGUUAAGUUUGACUGGGAAAGUGAUGGUGAGGCUGAGCCUUCAUCGGCUCCGGCUUUCAGGAACUCGGAUGCUCCUGGCCCAUCCACGCUGGCCAACGAGGAAGCGCCGUCUACUGCUUUAAUUGAGGAAUAUGUAGCAAUGGGUUUCCCAAAAGAGAUAGUCGUGAAGGGCAUGAAGGAGAUUGGGCAUAGCGAUGCAGAUGCAUUGCUCGAGCUAAUUCUCACAUAUCAGGCACUAGGUGCUGAUGAUGCAGUGGGUAACUGCUCUACUUCUGGCUGCGCUCCUCAGGGUGUUGAAGAAGAAGAAGAUGAUGAUGAUCUUGAUUUUGAGAAUUGGGAUGGCGACGAUGACGAUGUUGGUGGUAGAGGGACCAACUGUGAUGAUCCUGGUGAUGAGGAUUUUCUACAAGAGAUGUCACAGAAAGAUAAGAAGAUCAACUCAUUAGUAGACAUGGGCUUUCCUGAAGAUGAGGCAAAUAUUGCUAUUACGAGAUGCGGUGUGGAUGCUGAUCUCUGUGUAUUAGUUGAUUCGAUUAGUGCAUCACUGGUUGCAGGAGAUUUCAAUUCCAGAAACAUAUCUGACCAUCAGGUUAUGGAUAGAUGCUUUGAUUCGUUUGGAGGGAGAAAGAAAGCAAGAUUGAUGGAAGAGAGCAAGAAAAGGAGGAUGCAAUAUGCACAAGGCAGUGGAUCCUCCUUUGCUGGUAGCCAUGAUGAGCCAACGCGUAUCCCAGAUCCUAUGGUUGGAUUUAAUCUGCCCAGUGACAGAAAACCGUCAAUGACCAGAAUGCUUCCUGAACAAGCUGUCGGACCACCUUUUUUCUACUUUCAGAAUGUGGCCCGAGCUCCAAGAGGUGCAUGGACGACCAUUUCAAAAAAAUUCUACGACAUUCAACCAGAGUUUGUGGAUUCCAAGUAUUUUUGUGCAGCUUCAAGGGAAAGUGGGUACAUCCAUAAUUUGCCAAUUGAGAACAGAGAAGCUCUUCUCCCUUUCCCUCUAAAGACCGUAUUUGAUGCAUUCCCUCAUUAUAAGAAGUGGUGGCCUUCUUGGGACCCAAGAAGGCAGCUCAACUGCUUGCAAGCAAGUGUGGCAACUGCAAAGUUGACAGACCAGAUCCAGCGUACUCUUGCAAGAUCAGGCAACCCAAGUGUUCAGAAACAUGUGGUGGAUGAGUGCAAAACUUGGGAUCUUGUCUGGGUAGGGAAAAACAAGGUUGCUCAGUUGGAGCCUGAUGAGAUGGAAUCUCUGCUCGGUUUCCCAAGGGACCACACAAGGGGAGUCGUCAAGACAGAGAGGUACAAAUCUCUUGCGAACUCCUUCCAAGUUGAUACAGUUGCUUACCACCUAUCAGUGCUGAGGGACAUGUUUCCCAAUGGUGUCAAUGUGCUGUCCUUGUCCACCGGAAUUGGAGGAGGAGAGGUAGCUUUGCACAGGCUUGGGAUCCGCAUGAGGACAGUGGUGUCUGUUGAGGAAGGCGAAACUAAUAGGAGGAUUUUUGAGGGUUGGUGGGAUCAGACCCAGACAGGCAAGCUGGUUCAGAUUGCCAACCUGAAAUCUCUCACUAAUGAGAGAAUUGCAUCGUUAGUUGGUAGAUUUGGUUGCUUCGACUUGGUGAUUGGGGGCAGCCAAGGGCAGACGUAUUUUUGGAAAAAUACAUCGUGCCUCAUGUCGCUUUCAUCCUGUAUGAUCUUCAAAGUCUGGGAAAAUAAGCCUAUCAGGCUACCAGGUUAUCAGGUUUCCCAAGUUUGUAAAGUUCAGAACUUGGGUUCAGAUUUUGUGAUAGGGAUUCUGCAUGGGGAGGAAGAUGAGAGGGAGCGGAAGAAGAGGCGGGACAAGAAGGAGAGCAGGAGGAGCGGCCGCGACGGCAGGGGCAGCGACGAGGAGGAGGAGAGGCGGAGGAGGAAGAAGAAGCACGGCGACAGGGGCAAAGACAAAGAGAGGGAUUCGAAGGAGAGGCGUUCCAAGGAGAAGGAGAAGAGCAAGCGAAAAGACAAGGAUGCUCCAUCGCUAAAACAGGACAUCAAAGAAAUAUCCAAGGACGACUACUUUGCAAAGAACAAUGAGUUUGCAACCUGGUUGAAGGAAGAGAAGGGCAAAUAUUUCUCCGACCUUUCUUCAGAGUCUGCCCGUGAUAUCUUCCUCAAGUUCGUGAAACAAUGGAACAAGGGGAAGCUGCCAUCGCAAUACUACGUGGGCAUCACCACUGGGCCCCGAUCAGCACACAACUGGAACAUCAAGAAGGCAUGAGAAGGCUUGUCUCCCUUGUGGCCUGCAGUUCGGGUGCCUUGCGUUGUGGGGUUUCUUGACGAAACUGCUAUACCAAAUGCUUGUGCCACUUGUUCCAUCUUUUAGGUUUCUGAUCUAAACCUGGAUGAACAAUAGUUCAGUAUCGCUGUGUUUAGCAUUGAUGUUAGUCCUGUUGCCAACGUUCAGUGAAAAGAUUCUAGCAAACUUGUUGCUGUAUGGAAAAGAGCUGGUAUUCAGGUGAUUAGCCCCACCACCACAUGUCCAUGUUCUUCUGCCUUUUUUGAUGGGUCUUCUGUAUAACUUCGAUAUUCUUGCUGUAAACUGAAGAUUUUCACUGUUAUGAAUUAGUCUGCCGUAUUUUGGAAUCGCCACUUUGGCAGCAUGUAAA